CGUUUGUUCUUGUGAGAGAGAGAUCCCAGAGAGUCUUCGCUUUCAUUCUCUCUUCCCCUCUCUCUCUCUCUCUCUCUCUCACUCCUCAACUUGAUGAAAAUCUGCAGUCUUUUCUCCUGUAAUUUCGACCCAUUAGUUUAUUAUUGUUGUUGGGUUAUCUUUUGGUAGUGGGGUCCACUUGGGUCUUCUCUCUCUUCUUUAGUUUUGUUUGUCGCUGUUGUUGGGAUUCCCUCUCUUUGUAAUGGAUGAAGAAGGGCUGCGCUCUCUUGGGUUCUGGGUUUUCCAAGUGCUCACGCUUAAGCAUUUGCGGAGGAGCUUUAGAGAUGGACGAUAGUAGUGAGACUGAGGUAGUAAAUGUCUGAUAACUAAGCUUUUGGUCUUGAUUAGAAGUACUGAACCCCCCUAUUCCCGUCGGCGAAAUUGACUAGUGCAACACUUGCUAGAUUGCUAGAGAGGAUCUGUACUCGGAAAAUUUUGAAGCUUCAAGGACUGGAUACAAUUUUGGGGAAGUGAUACUUCCCUUCAGGUGGUGUGUAUAAGAUUUAUCUUAAUUUUCUGAAUAAUGUCAAACAGUCAUAUCUCCAGGCUUUAAUGGGGCAGUUCUACAAGUGGCCGGUGCAUGCUUGAUAGGUAAUGGGCACAAGGGUGCAGCAUACAAGCUACCUGCAAACUUGUUGUACUAUGAGGGAUCUUAAUGAGGAUGCAAAUGGAUAUUGGUCUCAGUACUAUGAGGAUAAAGCAUCAGGUAGAAAGAUGUGUAACAAUUACCAGCCAAUAAACGGGUUUGUAGAUUAUGAUAAAGAAAUGUUGAAGAGGACAAUGCUUGAACAUGAGGCCAUAUUCAGGAAACAGGUAUAUGAACUGCAUCGUCUUUAUAGGAUCCAAAAGGACAUGAUGGAUGAAUUGAAGAAAGGGCCACAGAAACGCCUACAAGUCGACAUUUUGCAAUCAAAUUCUUUCUCAUCCCAAAAACCGUCAAGAUUUGUAACUGUAACUGACGACAGGAAACCCACUUUGAAUUUUCUGAAUGAAAACAGUGUGCAGUCUGGUUCAGUUUCUACCGAGAAAAAGAUUUCUGUCAAUGAUGGUGAUAUCUCAGACUCUAAUCAUGGAGAGCCCCAAAAGAGAAUGUUUGAUCUUCAACUUCCAGCUGAAGUGUAUAUAGAUUGUGAAGAAGAAAAAGCAGGGAAGGAAACUGUUGCUGAUCUAAAUGAACCUUGUGGAGAAAUAUGUUUUGAAAAAGCUGCUGAUUCAGUUUCCAGUAAACUUCCUGGACGAAUAACUCCUUUUGCAGAGAAUCAGGGUCUUCGAUUGCCUGUGAGAUUAGAAACAUGUUUCUCAGGGUUGCCAACUGAUUUUCUCAAAGGCAGGCACUUUGAUGAAGGUACUAGUUCGAAUCAUUUUUGUGCGGGAGCUGAAACCAGUCGGGGAUGGCCAUUUUUUAAUAAUGAAGCUGGCCAAAGCACUAGCGGUCUAAAAUUGUUCGGUCCGGGUUCCUCUAAGGAGAAAGUCUCCAUAUCAUCUGAACAGAGUAAAAGAGAUACAUGGUUCAAACCAAAACCUGAAUUCUCUGAAAGAAACUCUCUUUAUAGUUACUUGGAUUAUAAAACUUCUCCCUCUCCACUUCUUUCAUCUUGGGGCAGACCGCCAAAUGGAUACAAUCAUGUACCAUUAGCAGUUUCAUCAUUUCAAUGCUUCCAAGGAUCAGCUUCUCUAAACCAUGGCAACGCUUAUAGUAAAUGGCCCUAUAGUGGUGACUUGAAUGGUUAUAGCCAGUCAAUUACCUUUGGUAAGCCAAACCCCAGUGGUGAAAAGAACGACGGUAGCUCUGAACAUUCUAGUUCUCAAAAGUCCCAAAAAGAUUUACAUUUGAAUCAAACACUUUUGAACGGAUUCCGAAGUGGUUUCACUACCGAGAAAAUCAAUGAAUCAGAGCCUAAGUGUGAAGAUCCAUUAGAGGCUCCCUCUUGGCUUAAAAAGAAGCCAACUUACAGUGCCUCCUCCCUAAUGGAGUUGGACUUGUCACAAGGUUAUCCUCAACUGAGGAGAAAAGAAACAGAGAGGAACAUUAACUUAUUCAAUUUGCAAGACUUUCCAUCAUCUUCACAGGGGAACGUGAUCACAACGAAGAAAAACUUGGCAUCAACUGAGCAAAGUAGUAAGAAAAUCUUUGGAUUUUCCAUUCCUGAGAAAACCCAACAAGCAGUUCAAUUUUUGCCUCAUCAGGAGCAAUCCCAAAUUGUAGUUACAGAAAGCAGUGGCAUGAGCUCGAGAGGUCACAUCGAUUUGAACUUUGACCUGAAUUUGGCUGAAAGUGAGAAGGCAGAAAUUCCCUCUCAAGUUUCUGCACCAACUGUUGCUUUUGAGAUUGAUUUGGAAGCACCAAUUGUAUUUGAGGGAGAAAAGCAAGAUGAUGCCUCAGUUAAAGAAGCAGCUGAAAGUAUUCUCUUGAUAUCAUCAGAUCAAUCUAAAUACUUAGAUGACAAAGUUCCAUGUUACAAUCCUUUGCCUUGGUUCGCAGAAGUUGUAUCAUCGACCACAGAGAUUAUUAAAGAAUCUUCAGAUGAUAGCUUUGAGGUUUUAACCUUAGAGCUUGAAGAAAUCAGACCUGAGGAGUAUUUGUCCCAAUCAUGGAAAGGACUAGAACAAAAGGACGACGAUAAUGAUGAUGAAAAGAGCAAUAUUGCUUCACUUCUCUUCACAAAGCCAAAGAGGGGACAACAAAGAAAGAGAAGACAGAAGAGGGAUUUCCAAAGAGAUAUCCUCCCGGGUCUUUCCUCGUUAUCGAGGCACGAAGUGAUUGAAGAUUUACAAACCAUUGGAACACUAAUGAAAGCCUCAGGUCAAAUUUGGCAGGGAGCCGGAUUGACGAGGAGUUCUAGAGGUCGGAAACCUAGGAGCUUGGCUGUCACCGCAGAAGAGAUUCAUGUAAGCCCACCUCCGGUAAGUCCUCUUCCGCAACCAGCUCCUGCAGUGGUUCAGCUUGGAUGGGGAAGGACAACAAGGAGGUGCCGAAGGCAGAGGUUACCGCCUCAAGUGACAAAUGUUGCAGCUCCUCUAACAUGAAGAAGAUGUAACUGGGUAUAGUGAACUUUUAUAGCGGAAAUUGAGAUCAGGGGGAAAAUGGGUUUUGAUAUAACGGGGUACACAAAAGGUGAUUACAGUGAUGCAUGGCCAUGGUUGUACAUGCUUUCUAGUUUCCGAAUUUCAUAAACAGCUUGUACAUUUUAGAAUAAAUGCUGAAUCAUUUUCAAGCAAAUCAGAGACCAUAAUUAGCUCUGCUCUAGCUCUCAAAAGAAAAAAAGGUAUCGAAGGUAAGAGUUCUUCA